AUGGAUCUGAGUGCCAUUCUCAACGAUGACGACGAAGAUCCUCUAAGCAAGGGAGAGACUGGACGAGGGAUAGAGACUAACCAGAGUCUAUCACGCCUGCUUCGCUUGCCGGCCGAGCUUCACGGUCCGAUCAUAUCCAAUUUAUCCAACCAAGAUAUCAAGAGCCUCCGUUCGACGUGCUCCUUCUUUCACGGCAUCGCACGCUUACGUUUGCACCGCAUAUUCCUUUCCGCCCAUCCGCGUGACAUCCACGUCCUGCGCGCUGUCGCUGACAGCGACACAUUUCGCCCUGGCGUCACUGAGCUGAUCUGGGACGAUUCGCGCCUGAGCAACUCCCCGCGUUUGGCGCAGGCGUACGAUGAGAAUGAAGAUGAUAAUUCCGAGGCGGAAGACAACGACGACGGCCAAGGGGUCCCACGAUGGUUCACCAAAGCGUGUGAUGAGAAUGUAGACGAGCUCAACAGCCGCAAGGGCCUGGACGCCGACCGCCCCGAGCACGAUGCCCGGGCGCAGCAGCUGAGCGCACGUCUCCCAAACGUCGCAUGCUGGGCACAUUACCAGGAGCUGCUCCGCGAGCAGAACACCGUCCUGGCAUCCGGUGCCGACGAGGCUGCAUUUCGUUAUGCGCUGCAGCGCUUCCCAUCCCUCGAGCGCGUCACAAUCACGCCGGCUGCCCACGGCUGGCUGUUUAACCCCCUCUAUGAGACACCCAUGAUCCGCGCCCUGCCCUACGGGUUCAGCUACCCAAUCCCUCGCGGGUGGCCCACGGCUCCAGAAGGCUGUUCGCCACACAAAAUGCGGCCCUGGCCUGCUGACGGCGACGACGAGGCGUACAAGGAUCAGUGGCGCGGCGCCCGCGUCGCCCUUCGCGUGCUGGCCGAAGCACAGACAGCACACAAUGUCACAGAGCUCCUCCUCGACGCUCACGACCUCGACACGGGCCUGAACUGCCGCAUCUUCGAGCACCCGGCCGCAAGCACCGAGUACGCCCACCUAAGCACCCUGUUGCGCCGCCCGGGCUUCCGCCGCCUGGACCUCGCGCUUGCUGUCGGCGGCCAGGAGCAUCUGGGGUGGUCCGCCCUGCGCGGCGGCCACCUGCGCGAUGCGCUGGCAGGCGCCUCUGAACUGAGGCACUUCAAAUUGCGCACGAACGUAUGGCCGGACCCGGACGCGCGUGCCCUGAUCCGCGGCAGCGGCGGCAACGCAGAGCACCACGUGCCACUCGGGAGCAUCGUGCCCACUGACGCAUGGGCCGGGCUCGUCCACUUUGGGCUGUCGGGCUUCCUCGUCACGCAGGAGGACGUGACCGCGCUGCUGAGGGCGCUGCCCGGCUCGCUGCGAUCGGUCGAGCUGAGCUUCUUGCACUUCCUCGACAACGGCGGCAACUAUCGGGGCCUGCUUGAGGAGAUGCGCGACACACUAGGCUGGCAUGAGCUGGAGGUGGCUUCCAGGCCGGCUGUGGUCGUUGGACACACGCUGAUCGUGCCGCGAUGUGGGCGGGCUGUGUGGGUCGACCGCGAGGCCAUGGGAAGGUUCUUGUAUAGCGAUGCACCGAAUCCGUUUGGCCACGAAGAUGGAUUCGCACCGAACCAGGUGCUGAUGGGGAACGGGAUGGGUGUUGAGCGAGACGCGUUUGACCCAAGUCAUGAGCGGCCGUACGUGGAUAAUUUUGCGCUGACGCAUCUGGGUGUGGUGAAGAAGGCGCCGUGGCUGGAAUGA